UUCUCAAGGCAAACACUAGCUGGGUAGCUAAGCUAGCAGAUCUGCUAGAUAAUCUUAUAGCUAUGAUAUAACCUCAGUUUAGCCUCUUCGCCGACUUUAUUAUAAGUGCAAGGGAGUUUAUUAGAACCCUCGACUCCAGAAUAUCACCUCUGGCUUCCAGUCUGCUCCCUGCGUGGCCUAAAUUAGAGGCAGAAACAUCCAUUUUUCCUUUGGAUCAGCUCAGUCUACAGGCUAGCUAAUUUAGUUACGUUAACGUUAGCGCCACAGCCACCAUGGCUGAAUUUGGGUUUAAUGAACACCAUCAGAAUGAAGUCAUCAAUUACAUGCGAUUUGCACGUUCGAAGAGGGUCCUGAGGCUCAAAACUAUUGACUCAUGCUUUGAGGAGCUUAAAGAUAGCAGGCUUGUAGAGGAAACAUUCACAGUGGACGAGGUGAGGGAGAUGCUGGAUGGGCUGCAGGUGGUGGUGCGUGGGGAGGUGGAGAUGGAGCUCAUCAACACAGCCCACACCAAUGUGCUGCUGCUCAGGCAGCUCUUCUCUCAGGCUGAGAAGUUUUACCUACGGCUGCAGAGCGACAUCUCAGAGCUGGAGAACAGGGAGCUGUUAGAGCAAGUGGCUGAAUUUGAGAAGACUGACUUUAAAGCCACCGAUAAGAUAAACCAGGAACCAAGCAAACCCAAGUUGGCACCGCUGAAUGAAGGCGGGGUGUCUGAACUCCUUAACAAGGAGAUAGCGAGACUACAGGAGGAAAAUGACAAGCUAAAAGCCAGACUCCGGACUAUAGAAACCCAGGCCAUGAGUGCACUAGAUGAGAAAACCAAGGCAGAAAGAGCUCUAAAAGACCUUCAGAAGGUGCAAGGUGAUCAGCAGCUGGCCGCUCAAUCCCAGGAGAUCAGCAGUCUAGAGGACACAGUCGCCGCUCUGAAAGAGGACUAUGAAAGGUCUCUCAGUGCCAACGUUGCAUCCCAGAAGGAUUUGCAGGAGAACCUGAUCUCUGCCAAACAUGAGCUUCUGCGAGUGCAGGAGCAGUUGUCCCUGGCAGAGAAGGAGCUGGAGAAGAAGUUCCAGCAAACUGCAGCCUACCGCAACAUGAAAGAGAUCCUAACCAAGAAGAACGAGCAGAUUAAAGAAAUUAGAAAACGAUUGCAAAGAUAUGAGCCCAAUGAAUGAGUUCUACCUAAGACAGCUGGUUUGACAGAUGUCCACAGGGUAAGACAGGACCAAAAUUUACAACUGUGGUUUGGACAGGAAACCGUCAGUUCCACUGCUGUGAGACAAGAGAGACAGAAAAAAGCACUUCCACAAGGAAUUGUUUAUUCACGCUUUAUCUGGCAUCUUCAGUAGUUAUUGGCUUUAGUAAAGAGCAGGAGCGGGGAGGUUGGCAGCACACACAACUGAACACACAAAUGAAAUAGUGACCGCCGUGCUUUUUUUCUACGUCUCAAUUUGGAGCUCACUUACAGUAGCUAGCAGACUUCCCUCAGUGCUCUAUGCAAUUACUAACACGUCCCUGUUUGAAGAGGCCUUGUCCGUUUGCUGAACUGGGCAAAUAUGUACUGUCUGCCUGAAGCUUUGCAGUCUUAUUUAUCAGAUGGUUACAGGUAAUAUUUAGCCUUCUAAUACUGGGUAAUUGAUUACUGAUGUUUUGCUGAUCGGUCUUAAUUUUAGCUGCCCCUUUUGUUGACAAAAUCCAAUCAUGAUUGAGUUAGCUCCAAGCUAUUUUCUUUAUUAUAGUGAACAGCUUAGUAAAAAAUAAAAAUAAAAAAGUAUUUUUUCUUGACCCCUGAGGUCAUUAUUGCUUUAAUUUCUUACCUAAACAUUUAAUAGCAUUUCAGACAAAAAUAUUUCCCAUGACCUGACAUUGUAUGAAAGCCAGAUCAUUGGAAAUAUUGCAAAAUGUAUUACUUUUUUUUUCUGCUCUUGCAUAUUGAAUGACAUGGAUAGUGAUCUAGAAUGAUUUCCCUACUUCCCUACACAAAGGGCAUAGAAUAUUUUUGUGUGGAAUCUUUAACUGUGUACUUUUCGUAUUGCUGUGGGUGAUGGAGUGUAAGAGAAAAAGAAAAUCAAUAUAUACAUGAUGUUCAUGAAGUAAUGCUCUUGUAGAGUAUGAUACAUCUACCCUAUAUUACAAUAGAUGUGCAUUUGUUUGUAUUGUGCAAAGUAUGGGGUAAUAAAAGCUGUUACCAAACAUA